AUGGCACCCCUUAACACUUCGAUGAAAUUGCCUAUGGGACUUCUUGUUGUAAACUCAGUCUUUAUCAUGCUAGCCUUCAUAGCUGUUGUUCUGAGAUUAUGGGCUCGAUCCCUAAGGCGUAUGAAAUGGCGGUUCGACGAUUAUGCUAUCAUAAUGAGCUGGUUUAUGGCGCUCGGUUUGAUCUUGAAUUUAAAUUACGGUAUGUUGUAUUCUCUUGUUUUAACACUAUCAAGCGCGUGCCAAUUUUCACAAGCCAUCACGAAAGGUGGCAUAGGUCAACAUCAAGAGACAGUAUCUUAUGACGAGGGGGUAUUUCUCUUCAAGAUGUUUGUAGUCUCUUCAGCGCUUUGGACCGUCUCCACCGCGGCAGUGAAGAUUUCCACUUUGCACUUUUACACCACCAUUUUCGCCAACCAAAAGUUCAUCCGGUUUGCGUACACGAUAAUCGGCUUUUGUGUAGCGUAUGCUAUCACCUACGUAGUAGCGACAUUUCUCAUGUGUCGCCCGUUCGCAUUCAACUGGGAUAAACCCAUUGAAGGAGGCACAUGCAUCGACCACAUAUCUUUCUUUCUUUCAGCAAGCUUGAUAGGCUUGUUCUUGGAUGUUAUUAUUAUGGUAAUGCCAAUGCCCAUGUUAUGGGGUCUGAAUUUACCAUUGCAUAAGAGGUUAGCGUUAACGCUCAUGUUUGGAAUGGGAGCUUUCAUUUGUAUUAUCACCAUUCUUCGUGCCGCCUCGAAUCAGCAGUUCGAUUACAACGAUAUACCUUACUCGGCGGCAAUGGACGCGCUGUGGACCGGUCUUGAACCAACACUUAGUAUCAUCAACGCUUGUCUGACUAUUCUUCAACCACUCUUUACGACCUUUUCCACAAGCAUCAAGUCCUCCUUUAGUUCACGAGUUACAUCCACAAAAGAGGAGAGCGCAUUGACUGGGGCCCUAGUGAUUCAAAUCGUCAAUUAG